UCCAGAUUCCCGAAGUAGAGUUCUUAAUCCGCACCCAAACUGACGGCUCCAGUUCAAGACGGAAAGUUCGGAAAGAAAAUUCCCUGAAAAAUCAGUGAAAAUUAAGAAAAUAUUCAUAAAGCACUAGCUAAAAUUAAGAAAAGCUUGAGAUAAGUUUUGGGGCGUGGGCCAGCGAAAUCCCAAUGCGAAAAAAUAUAAAUUAGCCAUGUCCCUGGAGUAAGUGAAAAGUGUGGAAAAAUCAUGGAGUCUUCCUGCAAAUCCUGGCUGUUGUGCAGCAUCCUGGUGCUUGUGGCCUUUUCGUUGGUCAGUGCAUCCGAAGAUGAAGAGCGCUUGGUGCGUGACCUCUUUCGAGGCUACAAUAAACUCAUACGACCCGUACAGAAUAUGACACAAAAAGUUGGAGUAAGAUUUGGUUUGGCGUUCGUACAGCUAAUCAAUGUCAAUGAGAAAAAUCAAAUUAUGAAAUCAAACGUUUGGUUACGUUUGGUUUGGUACGACUACCAGCUGCAGUGGGAUGAGGCCGACUACGGCGGCAUCGGGGUGUUGCGUCUGCCCCCCGACAAGGUUUGGAAGCCGGACAUUGUGCUCUUCAAUAAUGCCGAUGGCAACUACGAGGUGCGCUACAAGUCCAACGUGCUGAUUUAUCCCACGGGAGAGGUCCUGUGGGUUCCUCCGGCCAUUUACCAGAGCUCCUGCACCAUCGAUGUGACCUACUUCCCCUUCGAUCAGCAGACCUGUAUCAUGAAGUUCGGAUCGUGGACCUUCAAUGGAGAUCAGGUCUCAUUGGCGCUCUAUAAUAAUAAGAACUUUGUGGAUCUGUCGGAUUACUGGAAGUCCGGCACCUGGGACAUUAUAGAGGUGCCCGCCUAUCUGAACGUUUACGAGGGCGAUAGCAACCACCCCACGGAGACUGACAUCACAUUCUACAUCAUCAUCCGGCGAAAGACUCUCUUCUACACUGUGAAUUUAAUUCUGCCCACGGUGCUGAUUUCCUUCCUCUGCGUCUUGGUAUUUUACCUGCCAGCCGAGGCCGGCGAAAAGGUUACGCUCGGAAUUAGCAUUUUGCUGUCACUGGUUGUGUUCCUGUUGCUGGUGUCGAAGAUUCUGCCACCAACGUCGCUGGUGCUGCCACUGAUCGCCAAAUAUUUGCUGUUCACCUUCAUCAUGAACACGGUUUCCAUCCUGGUGACCGUGAUCAUCAUCAACUGGAACUUCCGGGGGCCGCGCACCCACCGCAUGCCCAUGUACAUCCGCUCCAUCUUCCUGCACUACCUGCCCGCCUUCCUAUUCAUGAAGCGCCCUCGGAAGACCCGCCUGCGCUGGAUGAUGGAGAUGCCCGGAAUGAGCAUGCCCGCCCAUCCUCAUCCCUCCUACGGCUCGCCAGCGGAGCUGCCCAAGCAUAUCAGCGCCAUCGGCGGCAAGCAAUCCAAGAUGGAGGUCAUGGAGUUGUCCGACCUGCAUCACCCCAACUGCAAGAUCAACCGCAAGGUCAACAGUGGUGGGGAACUUGGCCUGGGUGACGGUUGUCGCCGGGAGAGCGAGUCCUCCGAUUCCAUCCUGCUCUCUCCGGAGGCCAGCAAGGCCACCGAGGCGGUGGAGUUCAUUGCCGAGCACUUGCGGAACGAGGAUCUGUACAUUCAGACCCGCGAAGAUUGGAAGUACGUGGCCAUGGUGAUCGAUCGCUUGCAACUAUACAUCUUCUUCAUUGUGACCACGGCCGGAACGGUGGGCAUUCUGAUGGAUGCUCCGCAUAUUUUCGAGUACGUUGAUCAGGAUCGCAUCAUCGAGAUUUACAGGGGAAAGUAAGCGAGUGAGGACUUGGAGCAGCCGGGGGCUGAUUGAAAUGGUUAACAGCAUUGCAAACGCAACAAUAAUAAGCAAACGAGGUAUUGAGACAGAGGAAAACAAUGAAAAUUGCAACAAUUAAUGCGGAUUUUUAGAUUUUAAUAAUUAAUGAACACUAAACGAUACUUGCUUGAGCAGAAUUAACACCUAAAAUAACUAACUAAUAUUAACUUUUUGGUAAACACACGAAUUGGAACACAGAACACACACUAAGCAGACGUCGAGUAAAACAAAUACGCAAAAUAACUCACCAGCAACAAAUGUUAAACAAAUAAAUCAAAACAAAGAAAACCAACCUAGUGGAAUUGUGAGUAAAUUUAUAAUUUUUAAAACGAACUUAGCUAAUAUGGACAUCUAGAAUGAAGUUUAGUUUAAGAGCAAUAAAUAGCAAACAAACGUUUCCCAAAUAAUUUGUUAUGUUGUGCCAGGAACUUAAUCAUAAGUAAUCGCAGUUUUACGCAUAAGAUUUAAGAAUGGAAUACAUCCCGAAUCAAUUUGUAAAUGCUUCUCACACGAUCGCAGCUAGCAAAAAGAUCGACUUAAUCGUAGGCUCCGAAGAUCCGAAGAUCCGGAGACCCGGAGCCUACAUGAAACCAAUAAAAAUGCAAAGUUAAU